CUCCCCCACCCAAAGCCUCCCGUAUCUUUGUGUUUUUCAGAGCUUCCGCCUCCCUCUCCUCUCCUUUCUCCCAUUUUUCUCUCUUUACCGGUGAUUUCUUCAUCGAGGAAGGGCUUCCAGCUUAUCUUUUUUAUCUUGUCGGCGAUUUGUAGAUCUUCUGAAAGAAUUAAAGCGUGGAUGUUGUAAUGGAGACCAAAGGUGGCAAGAAGAAGUCUAGCAGUAGUCGUUCUCUGCAAUACGAAAUCCCCCUCGGUUACAUCAUCGAAGACGUUCGACCAAACGGUGGCAUCCAGAAGUUCCGAUCAGCUGCUUAUUCCAACGUAAUAUUAUCCUUCAAUCCCAAAACCACAAAGGAAAAAACGAUUUCUAUACAUUCAUAAUAAUUGAUGUAGUACUUUCUGUGCUUUUUUUGGUCCUUGUUGCAGUGCGCGAGGAAGCCAUCCUGAUACGUUUUCACAAAUGCCUCCAUCGGUAGAGUAGGAUUUCCAAUUUUUAGUUUUGUUUUCCUUUUUCCUACUUCCCUCUUAAAUCGAACGAACAAUUAGCACUCUGGAAAUAUAUUGUUGGAGAAGAACCUUUCAGAUUACACUGCUCUCGCAUUGCGUCUUUCGAUCCUCUCAGCCAUGGGCGUUCCCCUUCCUCCCUCCUCAAUCGGAUUCGAAGGCUUCGAGAAACGUCUCGAGAUUACAUUCUCUGAAGCGCCCAUUUUCGUGGAUCCUCACGGACUCGGCCUGCGUGCCCUGACUCGGUCUCAACUCCACUCGAUCCUCGAACCCGCUUGCUGCACCAUCGUGGCUCAGUUGUCCAACUCAGUGUUCGACUCGUAUGUCCUCUCCGAGUCGAGCCUCUUCGUCUAUCCUCACAAGAUCAUAAUCAAAACCUGUGGAACAACGAAGCUGCUCUUAUCGAUUCAGCCGAUUCUCGAACUCGCGGAGUCGCUCUCGCUCACCCUGUUCUCAGUCCAUUACUCGCGCGGGAGCUUCAUUUUCCCCGACGUCCAACCCUCCCCUCACCGAAGCUUCGCGGAAGAAAUCGCUUUCCUGAAUGCCUUGUUUGGGAAGUUAUCCUCUGGUGGUAACGCCUUUGUGAUCGGCGAUCCGGCGGUUCCUCAGCGCACCUGGCAUGUGUACUCCGCAACACAAGCGUCGCCAUCACCUUUUGUGAAAAAACAAACGGCCGAGAUCACUCUCGAGAUGUGCAUGACCGGUUUGGACCGCGACAAAGCGUCCCUGUUCUACAAAAUGCCCGAUUCCUCGUCGAACGGAAUGACCAAAAUGUCCGGAAUAUGUGGCAUAAUUCCGAGUCACGUGAUAUGCGAUUACGAGUUUGACCUCUGCGGGUACUCCAUGAACGGGAUCGACGGUCCAGCUUUCUCUACGGUGCACGUGACUCCAGAGGACGGGUUCAGCUACGCCAGCUACGAGGCCGCGGGGUUCGACCCCCGGUCCGUCCGGUUCGCGCCGCUAGUGGAGAGGGUUCUCGAGUGCUUCAAACCGGCCGAGUUCACUGUGGCCGUCACAUGUGAAUCUGGAGCCCAGGACUGGGCCACGUGCUGUGCUGACGUGGCGGGAUACAAGUGCGAGAAUGUGGUGAAGCAGGAGUUGGACGGCGGGGCCUGCCUGGUGUACCGCUCUUUCACGUCCAAGGGGGGCGGCUGCACGGCGAUGUCGCCGAAGUCGGUGCUGGACUGCUGGAAGGAGACGGUGGGCGGGGAGGAGGCGGAGGAGGAGGUGCUGAUGGUGGUGCGGUGACGCGUGUUUCUGGAUGCUGGCCAUCUGUUGAGUCAAUCGUCAGUGCGUUUGUCAGAGUCUGUUACCCUUGAAACGUGAGCCUUUUGUCUUGUAAUAGUAUAUAUGGUGGGGGUGGACCUGGGACCACCAUGCCAGUGGUGAGCUUGUCUCUUAUUGGGGUGUGUGUGUGAUGUGAUAUUGUUCUUUGGCUUUUCUUUGAUGCGGUCUCUUUGUUUUGAAUAAAGAGAGGGGUGCGCCAUCUCUAGAGGAGGAGGUUUGGUUUCAGAAUAAUGGGGGAGAUUUUGAAGCCUGCUUGGGUUAUGUUUUAUUUAUGUGGAUUAUGAAUUUGAUAUAAAAUAGUUUUAUUAUA